GUUGGGGUUGGGGUUAGGAGCCGUGGGAGGGUGGGGACGGCCCGGCAGGACGCUCUUGGUGUCUCUGGGCGGAGGUGGGGGUGUGUUUCCCCAGCCCAUCGCUCAGCCCCCACCCGCUGCUCUGCGUCUUCUGGCCCCGGGCGUUGUGAGGACUUACCGCCGGUACCGCAGCCCUCGUUGCUCCAGACGUCCAUUGUUAAUGGUGUCCCGGGUGCCGGCAGCGUCCCGGUUCUCCAGCCCCGACCCGCUGUUCGGGGAUGUUGCCCCUGAGAUCAUCGAGGACACGUUGAUCCACCUGGCCAUGGAGAACGAGCAGCACCUCAGCGUGUUGCACGGCCCCGCGGGCUGCUGCAGGGAGCCGCAAACUGUGGAGUUUAUAUUCCUUCUGUCUGAAAAAUGGCAUCUGGACCAACCAGCAAAGUAUCAAGCAGUGGAGCUACUUGAAAGGUUUAUGAUCAAGCAAAUAGAACAAAUCUGUACGUCCCCCCGGCAGAAUAUCACAAGUGAUGAACAAGGCAGAAGCCAGAACUCUCUGCAAGAACAGAUCUAUGACACAUUUGUCCUACGACUCGUGUCAUGCAUUCAGCUUGCGAGCAAACUUUCCUUACACUACAAUGCAGUUAACAGUGACACAGCUGUAAGAUUUCUGCAAUCCUUAAAAUACUCAUACACUAAACAAGAGUUGCUUGAGUCAGAGCUUGCUGUUCUAGAAACUCUGCAGUUCCAGAUCAAUGUGUCAACUCCGCUGGCUUACAUUGAAUUACUCCUAGAGGUUUUAGGACAUAAUGGCUGCUUACUUCCUGCAAAACCGCUGCAUCAGAUGUGUGUACAACUACUAGACUUCUUCUAUCUUAAGAGAGAUACCAUCUAUGACACGUUACUGAAUAUUGCCAUUGAGAAUCUGACACCAAGUGAACUGCAGAUAGCAAAGUUCUUGAUGGUAAAGGAAGAUUUAAUGCUCCUGGCAGUUGGAAUCAUCAGCACGAGUGCUUUCAUCCUAAACCCUGAGCACUGGAAGAAGGUUGUGGAGCAUUUAAACUGUAUAACUGGCAUUACUUCACAAAGUAUCUCAGAAUUCUCAUAUGCAGUACUGAAACACAUCAUUGGCAGCACCACUCCAAAGCAGCACCACAGGAGGUAGGAGAAAAAUUCUAGAGAACAGAAUUAUGCCUUUUGAAUAGAGCUAUCCUCUGGAUCUAUUAGUUUGUUAGUAGCAAACAGUUACUCUUUUGAUAGUAUUUCACCUCCCAUGAUACUACACAGGGCACCCAAAUUGAUUUUCUUUUGGUUCUGAAUAUCCCAUGUGUUCUGUAAUAUUUCAUAUGUUAGUUUAAAUUAGAGAAGCUCAUUCUUCCAGGCUAUGCACCAGCGGCGUGAAGAGAGGUACACAGGAACAAAGCAGUGCUUAGCAAUACCUUUAUCAGUUCCAAAAGCUUUAUUGUAAGAGCUACAUUUAACAUACUGAAUAUGUUUUGUUUGAAAACUGUAAGGAGUCUUGAUUUGAAAAAGCAUGAAUGUGAAUGUUAUUCAGCUCGGUAAUCUGUAUUGCUACAAGUUCACAACCCCAGUUAUUACAAACCGGGCUGUAUUUCUCUUUGCUGCUUGUUUAAAAACUAAUUGUUUCAGACAGCUUGCUGCAGCCAGGCUGCUUGUCACUGUGCUCCCUCUUUGUCAGUGGUCAGAGGCUUGUUUGCACUUGCCUUUAGCAAGGCAGCUGGCUGAGCAGUGUUGCAGAAAGAAAAACUCUCACCUAUUCUGAAAGCUGCAUGCAGUUGUCAUGGCAGCAGGUGCAGUAAGCUGUGUAAGUGCUAAGGGAUGCUUGUGUUGUGACCAGCGUGUGCUACAUGAGAGCACUCAGGGUAGAACGGUGUGUUUUAUUACUGGUGUUACUCAGGGCACCUCUGUGCAAUAACAGGCUGCAGCAGGUAUUACAAACAGGUGAUAUCAUUGUAGCUAACAGUA